AUGUUCAGUCUUAGGUAUUUUCAAUAUAUUAUAUGGUAUCAUAAUAAAAUGUUUUUCUAAUAUUGUAGCUUGAGUUAAUUUUGAUAAACGUCAAUAAUCAAAUAGAUAUAGUUAAUUUGGAUAAAGAAAAAUAAUAUUUAUUUGUUUGGAUGAUUUCCAGUCUAAAGUAUUAUUUAUAUUUAUUAUUAAAACAGAUGAAACAUCAUUACGAAAGUGAUGAAGAUGAUGAAGAGCUGAAAGUAAUGGAUCUACAAAAUGUUAGGUUGGAGACAUAAUUUAAGGAAGAUUCAGUAUAAGUUAGAAAAUUGGAGAGGGUUCUUUCGGGUAGGUAUAUAAAGUGAUAGAUCAGAAAAGUGGGGACUAAGUGAUGGCAAUGAAAGUAGAGGUUGAGGAGGAGGAUUACAGUAUGUUGGAGAAGGAAAUCAAAGUGUUGAUCGAAAUGAGGUAGAGAGUAGGAUGAUAAUCAUUAGAAAAAAAACUGGAUUCCCUUAAAUAAAGUUUUAUGGAUAGGAAAAGCGAUUUACCUAUUGCAUAAUGACAAUGCUAGGAAAGAAUUUGGAGUCAGUGGUGAGAAAGUGCGGAGGCAAUUUCGAAUUGGGGACAUCAUUAAAGAUAGCAAUUCAAGUAGGUCAUCGAUACAAUAUAUAGUCAAUAGAUGAUAGAUAGAAUCGAAACCCUCCACAAUUGUCGUUUCUUGCAUAGAGACAUCAAACCUGAUAAUUUUGUACUUGAAGCAGGACCAUCACCUAAACUGAUUUAUUUGAUUGAUUUUGGACUGUCAAAACACUACAUUGUAAUUAGAUGUAACUAGCAUAGAACUCAAAAGGGGAUCACAUCCAAUACAUCAAGAAAGCAGGUUUGAUUGGAACUGCCAGAUACGCCAGCAUCAGUGCUCAUGAUGAAAUGGAAUAAGGAAGGAAGGAUGAUUUAGAAAGUAUUGGCUACGUCUUGAUAUAUUUGGCAAGUGGGACACUGCCUUGGAUGAAUUUGUAGAUUGAAUAGAAGGAUUUAAAAUAUGCUAAAAUUCAUCACAUGAAGAAGACAAUCAAACCUGAUGUUUUGUGUGCCAAAUUACCAAGAGUAUUAUAAAUAUAUUAAAUCAUAAGUGUUUCACAAAGUUCAUGUAAGAUGUCAGAGGCUAUGAAUUUAAAUAAUAACCAAAUUAUCAACUAUUGAAGAGUUAUUUCUCAGAAGAAUUGGAGUAGAUUCAAAAGGAACGAAAGGGAUAAUUUUAGUAUGAUUGGGAGAAACUACCCGAGUAUUAAUAAAAGAAGAAGCACCUUACAGUUCAUAUCAUGUAAUAAAGUAGCAAAGAGGAAAAGGUGAAUUUGAUCAAAUAAAAGGAACCUCCUCGACCAAUUCCUUAGACUUUCGAAUAAAUCAUGCAAGAUACUAAGAAAAAGAAAAGCACUAAAAAAACAACUAGUCAUAAGACAAAAAAGAAAGAUCCAAUUAUGAUAAAUAUAGCAGAACCGGAUAGUCCUGCUUAAAUGCCGUCCUUUGGGAUAUUAAAUCUUAAGCCAUAUCAAUAAUAAAAUUCAUUUUUACAAAUACCUUAAUUAAACUCAAGUGGAUUAAUAGAUUAUUUGCCAUCUUUGAAUCCCUCAGUAGCCACAUCAAAGAUGAAUAACUAUCAUUAGAGUGAAGAUGUGGUUAGUGAGGGUAGAUUGCCAAUUUGGGAAUUGGGGGAUGGUCAAAUUCCAGGAUUUUAGAAAAUGAUUGGCUAUGUGACCAAAGGAAUAAAAAAACCAAAUGCUGAUUUUUAAAGGAAAACCAGAAAAGCUCAUACAUGUAUGCAUGUUUCUUAUUCUUAGAGAUUGAUACUAUAAAAAAGAUGUCGUAAAAUUUAGUUUAGCCGAAAACAAUAAAAGGAGAUGAUGAAGGGAUUCCUGAGGGAUUGGAUUGA